CCUCGGACGCCGGCGCCAUGGAUCCGGUCAUAAUGCAGGAGCUGGCCCGCGCCGAGAGCCAGCAGGAUGCUGCGUCCCUGAAGAGGGCUUAUCAGUUGAUCAAGUCCGCCAACCUGGGGAAAUCAGAGUUUGACCCCACAGAAAGCUUCAACCCCGACCUGUUUGUUUUGUGUGCAGAACAGGCCCUGAAGAUGGGGCAGCCCGAGGUGAGCGAGGACUGCAUCCGGAUGUACUUCAAGGUGAAGGGGCCGGUCACCCAGUUUCUGGGCCGAGCGCACCUGUGCAGGGCCCAGCUGUGUGCCCCCAAGUCCACCGAAAACAUGGAGGAAUUUGAAAAUUGCGUGACUCAGUAUAUGAAGGCAAUCAACUUUGCGAAAGGAGAACCAAGGUAUUACUUCCUGGUGUAUAAUGCAUCGGUCCUCUACUGGCAAAUGGUGAGGCCAUUUCUCAAGCCUGGGUAUCAUCACCGCCUGAUCCCCAGCCUCUCCCAGAUCGUGAGCGUGUUGAAUCAGACUGAGGACGACGACAAGGGCUGGCGGGCCGAGCUGAUGCUGGAGCUUCUGGAGUGUUAUCUACAAGCUGGAAAAAACGAGGAGGCCGCGAAGUUUUGUGCCACUGCAGCACCAUUCAUCAAGGCUAAUGCGCCACAGAAAUAUCGACAAAUAUUUGCUCUUAUGGUCCGACAUGAAUUAAUGGAUGAGCUUCAGUUAAAGCAAGAAAAGAGAAGUUCUAUUGGCCUGUCUGUCACUUUCCAGAUUAAUGUGCUAAAAGCAAAACUGGAUAAAAAUGAUUUAUCUGAAGAUAUCAACAAAAUUCUGAAGGACACCUAUAAAUGUUUAAGUUGUUACAAUCACCAGAGCACUUCUUCAAUCAGAGAGGAAAAAAUUCUUUUGCUUUUUGAAUUAGCUCAUCUUUCUCUGAUCUUGAAAUGUGGGGAGAUCACCUCUGACUGCCUCUCAGACUUGAAGAAGAUGGACAGCAAAGAUCCCGGGAAGCUAAUUGAAAUCGAGUGCCUGGAGUAUGAAUUGGAAGCUGUAAGACUUGCAAAUAAAAUUAAAAUCUACACCCAAGAGGCUGUGGAGACCCAGCUGAAUAUAGUACAGAGACUGGACGUGGUGCUCCAGCGAGCUGUGCGCCUGGGCGACCCGCGGGUCAUCCACGUGGUGUGCGCCACGCAGUGGAACACAUGCCUCCCGCUGCUGCAGCACGACCUGAGGCACCAUCUGCGGAAGUCGCUGGCCAGCAUCGCGGAGGUCCUGGAGAAGGUGGACAGCCUCAUGGUCCUGUUCCGUUGCCAAGUGCACAUGGAGAUGGCGUACAUUGAGGAGGGUGCGGACCGGCUGGAGCCUGCCAUGGGGCACCUGAGGAAGGCCGUGCUCCUGGACACCCUGGGCCUCUACCAGGACACGCUCAGGGUGGCCCUCAACCGCCUGCACCUCUGCGCCACGCCGUGCCAGGUCCCCGAGCGCACAGAGGACAAGGCCACCUUGGCCAUUGAGCAGGCAAAGAAAGCGAUGCCUGAGGACAGUGUGCGCAAGAAGCGGGCGCUGCUGGUGACCGCGGGCCUGGCCCUGGCCCCUGACACCUUCCAGAUCGUGCUCGACAGUGAGAACGAGGCCAAAGUUUCCACCGGGAAAAAGCGGGGCCGCUUCACCUACCUGUACGCGAAGGCGCGGCACCACUCCCUCAGCGUGGACGAGGCCGCGGGGCACGUGCGGUGCCUGCGGGGCCGGAACGCCAAGGAGAGGGUACAGAUCUGGGCCGAGCUGGCCAAGGUGGCCCGGAAGCAGGGCGUGUGGGACGUGUGCCGGACGGCCAGCCGCUUCUGCCUCGCGUAUGACGUCGGCAAGGUGGAGCGGCAGGCGAGGCUCAAGCGAGGGAGGAAGGGCGGGGCCGGCGCGGAGCAGGACUCUUCGGGCCAGUCAGACGCCACCCUGCAGAGGCAGGCAUCCCCCAGCCUGCUGCGCGAGUUCGCGGAGGUGGGGUUCAUCAGCGCUGAGGCCACCGUCCACCUGCUGCGUUCAGAGGGCGUGCAGCUAAAUGACCGUCCCAUGCCCCCCGAGGACCUGAGUCAGCACCCGGUGGGCUACAUACCCGAGUCCCCAGAGGACAACGCCGAGUGGAUCACGUACCGGACCUGGAUAGAGGGCCUGUCGCAGUAUGCCAUGAACAGCUGGCUGCGCUCGGCCGACAUUGGGCAGAGGAUACAGGAGGCGUGGAUCGUGCAGAACGCCAUGGUCUACGUCCUGAAUCACAACCAGCACCUCAUCACGGCCGGGCGCCAGAGGGAGCUCGUGGACGCCUUGUACCACCUCCUGGGCAUCGUCAAGGCCAUGGGCCACAGCGGAGACUUGGUGCUGCUGGCGACGCUCUGCAACACCCUGGCACGAGGCCUGAUCAUCACCUGGAUCCCAGCCCUGAUGCCAGAGAAGUCUAGAAGACACGCACGCUCAAACCCACUUCAUACACCGCUGGACCCUGAGGCCGCCUCCGAAGUCAGGACUGCAGUGGAGGUCUGCGAGUUCGCCCUGAACCUGACCAAGGGGACGGUGCCUGAGGAGGCGGUGCCUAUCAGCACCCGGCAGCAGCUCAUCGCCACGUGGGUGAAGGCCAAGCAGCUGCUGCGGCAGCAGAUCGGGCCGCACCUGGGCACAGACGAGCAGAGCACCAACGAGGGCAUCAACUCGGUGACCGGAGUCCUCGUUGCUCUGGAGAUGCACUCCUGCAACGGGCUGGGCCUCAUGGACUUCACAGUGCCCCCCUUGGCUCAGCUGGUGAAGAUGGCCUCAGAGUGCAGCUGGUCAGACCCCCUUGUGGAGCUGCAGACCCUGACGCGGCUGACCCACUUCACCUACGUGGCCCGGGACCACGAGGCCACCAUGGCCUGCUCGCAGAAGGCCAUCCACACAGGCAUCAAGCACCUGCAGGCCUUCAGUCCGGUGGAGGCUGAGUUGGUGGCGGAGAUGCUGAGCACCGCAGCCUGCAUCCAGGGCAGGAGCAUCAUGGAUAACCUCAAGGGCCGGAAGCAGCUGCGCCUGACGGCCGCCAAGGCCUUCAUAGAGAGUGCGAGGUUUGGGGGCAUGGCGGGGAGCAGCGCCCUGGUGAUGCAGGCCGCCCGACACUUGUGGGACAGCUGGCUCCCGCUGCUGCCCCCUGCGGGCGGCAGGAAGAAGUGCAAGAGCGCCCCUCGGGAGGCCGCCAGCGUCGUCGGCAACACGGAGGCCAGAAAGCCGGAAAAAGGGAAGACGUUGCUUCUGCACCAGUGGCCCACAGCCGACUUCCAAAGCGGAGGGACGACGGAAGGGUGUUUCCUCUCAGGGGCUGAGGAUGACCUGACGCUGAGGGCCGCGCUCUACGGCCUGCUGUUCCACAGCCACGCCGACCAGCAUGACUGGGAGGGCUGCCUCAAGGUGCUGGAUGAGGCCCUGCACGCGCUGCCGCGGAUCGCGCACCACCUCUUGAUUUUCAAACACAUGGUCAUGGUGAAGGCUGGACUCGGCCAGAACUUCGCAAUGGAAAUUCAGAAAUUCAAAGACCAGAGUGAGGAGUAUCUGGCGCACAUGUGGCGGCACCUGGCCCUCAACUCCACGAGUGUCCCCGAGGAGCUGACCUGCUACCUCCACGCCAUCCAGGCCCUGCAGAAGCCAGAGAGUGAGUGGCAGAAGGUUGACCACAUCAUGGAAUUCAGCGAAUGGCUGUACCACAAACAGUUUCCUCUUGAAGACGUCAUCUUCCACCUGGAGUGGGCGAUCGACAUCCUGCUGAGGAUGCAGCCCGACAGGGGCUCCCCGGAGCCGGCAGGUGCAGGGGCCGCAGGCGCGGGGGCCACAGGUGAGCCGUGUGGUGGCGGCGGCGGGGGGCGGGGGGGCGCCCGCCGCGAGGGGCUCCUGGGCUCCGCCGUCCCUGCAAUGCCCCUGCAGGCCAGCGCCCUGUGGACUUGGCGAGAAGAGCAUGUGUCCACUCCGGCGGCCCCGGAGGGCCCGGGGGCUGAGGGCUCGGGGCCCCCCUCCCUGGCGAAGCUUCGGAAUGUACGGCAGCUUGAGACGCUGGCCCGCGCCUACACGCUGCUGGCCCUGGUGGUGACCCCGAGCGCCGCCAGCCACCAGGACUACUGCCUCAUGGCCUACACCUUUCUCUGCCGCAUCUGGCAGGUUUCUUUAUUAACAGCAGCAAAAUCAAUUUCAGAAAGUGGAAUUCCAGCAGCAGCGAGUCCACGUGCGUUGUUGCUUCAGAAGGAGAAAAGCAAAGACAGAGAAAAAGACAAGGACGAGGGCGGGGACUCGAAGCAGUUUCAAAGCCCCCCUCCUGGCAAACGCCUUGAAGACGUACCAGCAAGCAUAGAAGAGUGGGCUUCCUACGCUUGCCCCGAAGAAGCCAUAUCAGUAUUUAAACAGGAUCAGAGCAACUUUGCCGUCAACCGGUCAACUCUCCAGAAGCCGACGUACAGUUUAUACUAUCUGGACCACUUGGUCGAGGCCCUGCAGAAAGUGUUCCUUCAUGAGCUCACCAUCCCGGUCCUGCAGUUGGAGGUACUCAUUGCAGCCUCCGUGGUCGACAGCAAGAGCCUCAAGGACCUCUACCACCUCCGACUUGCCCUAGUUUGUUCUGAUUUGAAGUUGAGGGAAGCAGCCACUUUCCACGAGGAGGUGGUCGGGCACGCCUACAUCUGCGCCGUGGAGCAGGUGAGCUGCAGAAAAGAAAUUGCCUUGAAAAAGGAGAAAAAUAAGGAACCUCUAUUAGAAGAAAGUCUGCCAACACUAAGCGAGCCCCCCACUCCAGCCCAGCAAGCAGAGAUGAAGCCCCUCGUAGCAAAGGAUAAGACUUUGAAGAUAAACGAAGAGACCGGCAGGGGCCUGGAUGGAACGUCCUUCCCACAGUUGUGGACCCUCAAGGCUGAAGUCCUGCUGGAGAUGGACCUGUACCAGCCUGCGCGGCUGCUCCUGUCAGAGGCGUACCUGGCCUUCCAGGAGCUCGACGAUCCUUGUGCAGAAUCGAAAUGCCUGCACCUGUUGGCACGGUUGGCAAACAAAGAAAAGAAAUACGGGCAAGCUAGGAAGAUGGCUGAGAGGGCCCAGCGCCUGGGGGGCAGCGAGCAGCUCUGGUACGACUCCACCCUGACCCUGGCGGACGCGAUCCUGUCCACCGAGAACGAGAGGAGAGAGGCAGUGGUCUGCCAGCUGUUCCAGAAUCUCAUAGAUACCUUCAACGUUCUUAAGAAGGAGAGACCGAACCGAAUGCCCAUAUUGGAAUUCAUGACCACAGACCUAGAAGCCAGGUGUGUGAGCCUCCAGGUCAAAGCCGCCCAGGAGCUGGAGGACUCUGAGCCCUUCCAGAACUCGCUUCUGCUGAUGGAAAUGGAUGAUCGCUUGCUGGAAAUUGAGGAGAAGUUUACCAACAUUGGCCACAAGGAGAAGUGUGUGGACAUCAAGCUGGAGCGCGCCAAGAUGAAGAGGUUAUCUGCCCAAAAUGAGAAAGAUGCAGAACAGAAAACUGCACGUUACUUGGAAGCAUACGACCUGGUCCAGAGAGCUGCUGCCGAAGAGGAAGAGCUAUUUCACCGCAUUCAGGGCUUACUGUCCCUUCAGGGUUUGCAGCACGUCAGCACCCCUCUGGUGAGGAGGCUGGCGCACCUCAAGCUCAGCCUCGUGGAGGUGUGUCUGGACACGCUCCAGCUCGCGUGGGAGGAGACCCUGGAGCGGCAGCUGGAGCAGGGCUCCGUGGACAAGCUGCUGGCCGACUACCUGCAGAGCCCCAGUGACUACACUUCUGCCAGCCCGAAGUGGGUCACCCUGAAGCGGACCCUGGCGCACACCGUGCUGGCCCAGCUGGGGAGCCUGCGGCCACUGUGCACCAGCUGCGUGGAGCUCCGUGCCCAGCUCCUGGGCCUGGCCGGGAAGGCCCUGCACCUGCUGGCCGUGCGCGCAGACCCCCUGCGCCCCGCCUUCUACUGGAAGGAGAGCCUCUCGGGGGGCGCUGAGCUGAACAGCCUCAAGUGUCUGGAGAUCAUCCAGGAGGACAAGGACUGCAAGGGGCCCUACGGCGGCCUGCUGGCCUUCAGGGCCACCCCCGAGGGGCACAGCAGGAAAGGCUGGGAUCUGAAGAGGAGGAUGGCGCUGGCCCAGCAGUACCUGGCCCAGGCGUCCGAGGUGCUGCUGCAGUGCCUGCAGGUAGCCCUGGGCAGCAACCUCCUGGACAUCGCCGCCGCCGCCAGCCUGGAGAUGGUGGAGUGUGUCGGCACCCUGGACCCCGCGGCCACCUGCCAGUUCCUGGCGCUGUCUCAGAGCUGCUCAGCCUCGGAGGACAUGCGAGACGUCCUGCUCACGGCCACGGCCAACACGAGCAGCUCACAGCUGGCCGCGCUGCUGCAGCUGCAGCACAGGCUGAGGUGCCAGGAGAGGACGUCCACCAACCUGUUUGCCAGCGUGGAGCAGAGACUGGCCGCCAUAUCCAAGGCUUGGCAGAAUCUCCGGGUCACCGAACAGCACUUUAACUUCUUGAGUGAAAUCCCUCCCACUUUUCGGAUCCUCUUUCUGCACCACUCACGGGACAGGACCCAUCUGUACGGCGCUGCCUACGAGAAACCCAAGUUCAUCCCUGCAGCCAAAGGCAAAGUGCUCCAGGUCGGGGGCUCCUGCAAGGUGGCUCGGAUGGCCGUGAGCCCAGCUGCCUUCUCCGCCCUGUUGGCCAGUGCCCAGCAGUUCCGGGAGCACGCCCAGGCCGAGGCACACAGUGAGGACACGGCCCUGAGCCCAGGCUCGGAGUCAGAAGGCGCGCCCCUGAGAGGGGAAGAACACGCUGUGCAGAGGCUCGCGGAGGUCGUGAAGCCCAUGGAGGAGUAUCUGAGGCCACUGUUCCCGCUGCUCAGCUGCCCCCCGGAAGCCAGAGCACCGAUUCCCACAGUUGUUGCGGAUUUGGGAAAAUGCAAGGGCAAAGACAAGGAGAGGAAAGAGUCCCCGCCGCAGGGUGAGCGGGCGCAGCCCGAGGUCGCAGACAACGUCAUCCUGAUCGCUGACAGGCCCCUUCUGGAGCUGCCAUUAGAAGGUCUCUCUGUGCUCGAUGAAGGGAUGGUCUCCUCCGUGUCACGAGAGUUUUCUCUCCAGAUGCUGUGGAACCGCCUGCAUAGAAAAGAGACAGAAGGGAAUGUGAAAAAGGAGAGCAGAGGUAAAGAUCACAGGAGAAGCAUAGCAAAGAAAGGAGCAAAGCGCAUCGUGUCCCGGAUCAUCCCCCCCCACUGCAUCGGGGUCGACGCGGACAACUUCAGAUUCGUUGUGGACCCCUACGAGGAGGCCCGAGGCCCAGAAAUGCUGACUCCUGUCUCCGUGACCCGGGAAAUUUUGGAAAGAUUCCGAGACACGUUCACUGCGAGAUGGGCGGGGCAUCUGGGGAAUAAGCAGUUUCCCAGCCAGGCCGAGUGGGAGCAGCUGCUGGGCAGCUGCGGAGGCCUUUUCUUCUACGGGAUGGAGCGCUUCCUGUCCCACAUGUUGGUAGAAAGGUUGGCCGCCAUGAACUUGGAAGAGUGCCAGAUGGUGGUCCUGCUGGACCUGGCGCGGUCCUGCGAGAGCAUGCGGCGCCACGUGGAGUCCUCGGAGAACAAGAGUGCACCCCGACUGUCCUUGGAGGGGCCCAUCGAGACGGCCAUCCUCCUGAGUCUGGUGGGGGUCAGGAGCAUCGUGGCGAACCAGUGGCCGACGGUCCUGCGGGACAACGCGAUGCGGGCCAGCAUCCUGUGGGAAAAUCUGUUGACAGCUGGCAAGCCGAUCGGGAGAACGACCCGCCUCCUUCAGAAGAGGGGAACCAGUGAAACUGUCCACCACGCCUCCGAAGGUCAGCCUGCACUGACAAAGACCUUCAGCCUCCUACAGACCACUGCCUACAAUGAGGCUCUGCAGACCUGGAAGGACAGGCUGGUGCUCUUCCAGCCGCAGCCGCAGGGCUCGGAGCAGCUCCCCGUCACCCUCAACCUGGUGCUCUACGGGCUGCCGCACCAGGCCAUCGUGUGA